CCACCAAAAAACAGGGAAUGGGGCGCGCGGCGCUACACACCUCAUUGGAGAACAAGUUUGCGCCGCAGCUUCUUUUUGGUUUGUUUCUAUUUACUCUUGUGUUUCUUGACCAUCAUUGCCGUCGUGGAACGUCCUUCUUUUCUUCCUUCUUUUGCCACAAGCUCAAGAGAAGGUGCUUUACUGCGAGUCUCUGUUCAAUUGGCUUCUGUCGAAAGCCUCUUGCUCCCGCCGAUAUUACCGACGAUAACGACGACAGCGACUACCAACACAUCGCCCAUAGCAUAGGAAGGCUCGCUCCUACCGAACUACUUGAAAUUCCUACCGAACUAUUUGAAAUUCCAUCGUCGACGAGCGCGAUUCACUCGUAGCCAUUCGCCAUGGCCGCCUUCAACUGGGUUUCCCGCAUGCUUGGCUGGGACCGACACCCAAGACACCACCACGACUUCCAUUCGGACUGGAUUCGCGAUGACCGUAGACGCCUCCUGCCCCAUUACCGAUCCGAACACCUCGAGUCUGCCAUCCCCGCCCCCGAAGUCACAAAGGUCGCCCUGAAGCUCCGCCACCUAAUUGAGCUGGCCGUGCCCUGUGAGCUGGACGAGGUCGACAUCACAAAAGCCCACAGCACCAUCAUCACCCAAAAGGUCAUCAAGGCCGCCAAGGAGGCUGGCGGCUCCCACUACGGCUCCUGUGUCGUCUUCUGCCUCAUCGUCUGCAAGAGGUGGUUCAAGCAUCAGGCACUGAUAGAGCUAUGGGAUGCCGACCUGCAUCGCGUGCGCGCCGUGGCCUGUGAGGUCAUUGCUAAGGAGAUCAUCGAGGGAGAAGAGGACCUCCAAUACCUCAUGCACUCGGUUCUGCUCCGCCGCUACUCCAUCCUCGUCGACGGCGAGGCCACUCCUCCCGCCAACGUCAUCGAAAAGGCCGUCGAUCUUCACGCCGUUAGAAUAAUUGGUUCGUCGGGCUACCAGAAGUGUAUCUCCUACCUGUGGAAGGGAUGGCUGGUUCAGGACGAGAACGACCCCUCCGUCUUCGUCGACUACAAAGACAAGACCAACCCCUCCUUCCUUGUUCACAUGGACCCCGACCGUAUUCGCGCUCCCAUGUACCAGAACGCGACGCAGGUCAUCAUCUCCCUGGUCUACAUCGGCCUCUACACCGGUGUCAUUCAUUCGGUCAACGCCAAGGGUGUCUUGGAUUCGGUCGAGGUGCUGUUGUACAUUUUCACGCUUGGCUUCAUCUGCGAAGAGGUCACCAAGUUCUGGAAGGCCGGCUACCACAUCCUGGGCUUCUGGAAUGCCUUCAACGGCAUUCUCUACUUCUUUAUCUCGCUGUCCUUGAUCCUGCGCAUCAUCGGCCUGACCCAUGGCGAAGACGAAGAUGCGCGGAGGUACUACAGCGAGCUCAGCUACAACUUCCUGGCCUUCAGUGCCCCCAUGAUCUGGUCUCGCCUGUUGCUGUACCUCGACAGCUUCCGCUUCUUCGGCGCCAUGCUCGUCGUCCUCAAGGUCAUGAUGAAGGAGUCCAUCAUCUUCUUCGCCUUGCUGGCCGUGUUGAUCAUUGGCUUUCUCGAGGCAUUUGUCGGCCUCGACCUGGCCGACGAUCUCGUCGCCGAUGACAUUACCUUCAUCAUAUCGGCCAUGGCCAACGCCAUCAUGCAGAGCCCCGACUUUGGCGGGUUCGACAAAUUUUCGCCGCCGUUUGGCAUCAUACUCUACUACUGCUUUACCUUUAUCGUCAUGGUCGUUCUGCUCAACAUCCUCAUUGCGUUGUACAACUCGGCGUACGAGGACAUCUACGAGAACGCGAACGACGAGUACCUUGCGCUGUUUGCGCAAAAGACUAUGCAGUUCGUCCGCGCCCCCGAUGAGAACGUCUACAUCCCGCCUUUCAACCUGAUCGAAAUAGUCGUUAUUGGCCUCUUCUGGUGGAUGGAAAAGUCCAAGUUCGAGCGCAUGAGCGACUUCAUCAUGGGGAUUCUCUACUCGCCUGUCCUCGUUGCUGCAGCCGUCUUUGAGACGCGAUCGGCCGCCGAGAUUAGAAGUAACCGGGCCCGAGGCGAGGAAGACGAUGAUACGAUCGAGGAAUGGGAGCAAAUGAUAGACCAGGUCGACUUUGAGUCUGACGGUUGGAACAAGGUGUGCAUCACGGCCAAGACCAACCUAGAUGUCGACCCCACGAUUUCCGAGGUGCAAAAGCUGCGCAGCGAGGUCGAGGAGCUCAAGAAAAUGCUGGUGGACAUCUCAAAGGCCGUCUCGGCUGGAAAUGCCGGAAACGCGCAAGCAACCAAUAAUCUGAUCGACCUCGGCGAGAGCACCGCUCCCGCCGCUGCCGGGGGCUCGGGUAAAAACAAGAAGAAGAGCAAGAAGGGGGAAAAAAAGAACAAGAACAACCAACAGCCGGCCGGCGACGACAGCAAGGCAUCAGGGGGAUCCAGCUCGAGUGACGAAGAGUGAAGAGCCUUUAUCUAAUGGAUCGACGAGGGGUGGUAGCCCAUGCUGAGUUAUGUUCCCCUUUUUGUGCUGGCGUGUAUAUCUCUCCUGGGCCGACAUGUUACAAAACUUUGCGGGGUGACGAAGCAAUUUUGAUCCGAUUUUCCGGCUACCCUGGCAGAGGUAGCAUUGCGUUUGCAAGCGAGUCAGUACGGCAGCCUGCAGGGCGCACUGGUCCAAAAGUUAAACGGUUACUACACCUACCCCAUUAGUUUCUAGAAACACUGCAUAUUAUUAAUUUAACCUGUACAUAACUAAUUAGUCUUUUAAAUAAAUUAUCCUUUUAGAUAUAUUUAUAUUACUCUAUAUAGCCUAGAAUAUUAUAGUUCUACUUACCUAGAUACCUUAAUUAUCUAAUUAGUCUAUAAAUAGGGAAGUGUGUGCCC